CUGGUACUCGUCUCUUCUAGCACCCGCUUAGUCACUUGAGAAUUUCCCAUCACAGUUAUAGCUAGCCAUAUUUAUAUCCAUUCCGUUAGUAGCGAUAAUGAGCAUCACAGUUCUAGAUAAAAAAAUCGUAUCAGCUCUGCCUGCAAACUGUGAGGUGAUAUCAGUGACCAAGGAUACGAAAACAAAUUGGUCGACAGGCCUUCGAAUCGCUGUUGGGGUAGCCGAUGAAGUUCAGGAGUUCUUCGUUAAGGUUGUUGAGCGGCCUGAGUUCGUUGGCAUGUCCGAGGCAGAAUAUGAGGGACAGAAGGCUCUCGCAACUUAUAUUCCUGAUAACGUUAUAGCCCCGGUUGCUUGGGGGCUCUUGGAAAACGAUAACUCUAAGUCUUUCUUUCUUACACGCUUCCGUCAUCUGCAGGCCGGUUCCCCCCCAACCUUGCAGUUCUUAGCGAUCGUGAAGAAACUGCAUCUAUCAUCUGUAUCGCCCACGGGGAAGUUUGGCUUUCACGUUACAACGUUUUACGGUCCUCCCCCUAUGAUCAAUGACUGGACAGAUAACUGGGAGGAGUAUUUCACGCGGCAAUUUCGGGCGAACUUGGUAUACGCGCAAGAAGAGCGCGGCGAGGACCCCGAGCUGCAGUCUCUCGCUGAAGAGUUCAUUGAGAAGGUAAUCCCUAGGCUUCUGAGACCUCUACAAACAGGAGGCAGAAGUAUCAAGCCUACGUUAUGCCACGGUGAUCUCUGGGAUGGUAAUAUUCGGAUUGACGUGGAGACUAAGCAACCGAUUAUGUUCGACUCUUGUUGCUUCUAUGGGCACAAUGAAAUGGAUCUUCAGUGUAUGGGAGACCCUCGCUACGCUCUCGGAAUGGAGUUUAUAGACCUCUAUAAGAAUGAAGUAGGGGCAUCAGAGCCAAGACAAGAUUUCUAUGAUCGACAUGCCUUAUACGCGGUACGCAACAAUAUAUGCACGGCAGGAAUGUGGCCACAGUGGGCACCGUUGUUGACAACUGCUAAAGAGGAGAUGCGUCGACUGUUAACCAAGUUCCCUGACGGCCUGAGUGGUUUCUAUGGGGGAUUAGAGAAGUGAAUAGACACAUCGGUACUGGCAAUUCUGCUAAGUCCAAGCAAUGUUGGCUUAUAGACAUGGACACGUUCACUUCCGCGAUCUAAGUCGAAGGAUAUGCGUAUGUGUGUAUUUGAGGGGUGACUAGAAUCCACGACAUUGUUUCGUGAAGAAACAUUUUAAUUCCAAUUUUCUGUAGAGGCGGAUUUUAGCGUAUUAGCUGGUUGUGGCUGUGCAUGAUAAACUCCCCGGCAAUUGCCCAGCGCGUACCUUGUAAAACUGGGGCAGGUCCAUAGCUCUCAAUUGUACAAUACGAGUACCCUGCUAAAAGG